CCUGACAAGUACGGGUACGAGUAUGCCAAAUAUCAUUGCACCUUGUCCAUCUUCAAUCUUUUGAUGAGUUUGUGUCGUCCUUGAUUCCACGAUUUCUGUUUUGCAAGGUAAGAAUCAAUAACGUCCGACGUAUCAUUUCACGACGUCGGCCCGCUUACACCAGUCACCAUCUGCCAGGAGUCAAUCGCAACCGAAGACAGUCUCAACUCACAACGCACUACGAUACAAACACACAACGAUGAUUUUCGGUAGAACUGCUAUGAUCUUUCUCUGCUCCGUGGCUGCGCUGCGCAACACUGCCACGAGAACUUCCGUUUCCGCCUUCUCGUCGUCGUCUUCCCCCGUCGCUCGCAGAUCGAUUGCCAGCAACCAGCAAUUGAAGGUCUCCUUUCUAGAAGACCUCACCAGAGGGUUCUCGAACAUGGCCGGGUCCGGUUCAAAGUCCAAGUACUACACCGUCGGUAUCACCGGGGCUAGCGGAUUGAUCGGAACCGCCUUCCAGAACGAACUGCAGGCCGCCGGCACGGUCAACGGGAAACCCGUGCGUGUCGUCACCUUCCAAAGAGGAAACGAGGCCGAAGCCGUCGACGAAGAAGCCCUCAGCGACGACAGCUUCACGUCCACGAAAUCCAUCACCUGGAAUCCCUCCGGCAACGAGGCCUCGGUCGAUUCCAGCGUUCUCCAGAGCCUCGAUGCCCUCGUGCACCUCAGCGGAGAAAACAUCUCGACCGGGGAGGGCCUCCUCGCCCCCCUCGGAAUCCGGCCCUGGACCGAUUCCAAGAAGGAGGAAAUCAUUAACUCCCGCACCACUACCACCUCGGCCCUGGCCGGCGCCAUUGCCGCGUCCGGAAACAAGAACUGCGAUUUUUUGGUCGCCAGCGGCGUCGGCGUCUACGGGCCCGACUUUGUAGGCCCGAACGCCGCCCCCGCCGCCGACGAGUCGGCCGAUGUGUCGUCGACCGGAGGCUUUCUGGCCGAGGUCUCCCGCGUAUGGGAGGCUUCCACCAAGAGCGCCCAGGCCGCCGGAAACCGGGUCGUCCAGAUGCGAAACGGGGUGGCCCUCUCCACCAAGGGCGGCGCUUUGGCCAAGCUGUACCCGAUUUUCUUCCUCGGUGGGGGUGGCGUCGUCGGCGGUGGCGACCAAUACUUUCCGUUUGUCUCAAACCGCGACAUGGCCCGGGCCAUGGUCCACCUCCUGGAAACCCCUUCGAUCAAGGGCCCGGUCAACAUGUGCGCCCCCGAGCCGGCCACCAAUGCCGACUUCACGGACGCCAUGGGAACCGUCCUGAAGCGGCCGACGCUGCUCCCUUUCCCGGGAUUCGCCGUCUCGCUGCUCUUCGGGGAAAUGGGGGAAGAGGUUCUGCUGGGGGGAACCCGUGCAGCCCCAAAGAAACUUCUGGACAGCGGCUUCCAAUUCCUCCACCCCACCGUGGAGGACGCGGUCCGGUCGGCCGUCGACGAGGAAAGCCAGAUCUAAACCACUGGCCUUCAUCGCAACAUACCACUCCUUCACCGAGCGAAGGAAGAAACAAAUGGGUGUUUGGCGUUUGUAGCGAAUAAGAUUUGUGUAACUACUCACUGUAACUACUCAACUACACCAAAAAUACUCUUGGGAGGCAAUAUUGUUUUUUAAAUGAUUGUUGUCUUUCCCAGGAAGCAAAUUCUAUGCCAGAGGUAUUUUCUAGUCGUGUCGUAGGAUAAAAAUUAUGAAUCAUGCAUGAAAUAUGCGAUGGCUGGUGCAUGGAUCGCGUGUCACCGAAUUUAUGUUGGAAAUGAAGAUUUUCGCCCACAAUGGCGGUAUUUGGUUGGGCCUUUUCUUUAUUCAAAAGUAUCCGGAAAACAUUGCUGCUUCCGCAGUUGUUCUAUCUGCUCUUGGUAUUGACCCUCGGAGGAAUGAAACAAUGAAGUGCUGCACGACGACCUUGUGUGAGGAAUGGAUUGAGUUACGCUUACAUUCAUCAGUGGCGACGAAAGGAGACUAUUUUCUUCAAAAACUUCUUUGCUCUCCGUCCAAGACGACGAAAAUGAUGGAAACAAUUGAGAUUGUUUCCCAAAGCUUUCUUCCGUUCUACCCCAUCGGGAUCUUUUUUAUUUUCCAUUGUCAUCUCUAUCUGGCAUUGGUAGUGCCCUCCUUCGAUUGAACGACGUGGAGAAAAGUAGGAGGAUGAGGUAGAAGGAAGGCUUGUAGGGAAAGCAAUCACUCCGAGUUUCUUUCGUUUCCGCACACAUGAUUCAUUGAAUGUUAGGCCUUUCAAAAAAUCUGGCAAAGAAUCGUCGUCGCCUUUGUCGUCGUCGUUGUCGCCAGCUCUACAAUUGUGAGCGAUGCUCUUUCGCGGUGUCCGAGAGCAAGUUUUGGAGUUAUUCUUUCGGUUUCUGUGAUCGUAACGGUGCCAAUUGGUUUUGCCGGUGGUGCCUCCUCCUGCCGAUGGGUUUGUGGAAGGACAAGUGCUAGCCGUGUCGAAAUCACGAGAGAGGUUGUUGGUGAUUCCUCCAAGAUCGUCCUGUUCCCUCGUUCGAUUAUUCCGGAUUUCCCGGGCCGCACCGGAAGAGAGCGGGCUGCGCCUCCGACGAAAGACGGCGCCUGCAUUGGUGGUGGUGUCGUCAAGCAAACCAAUUGCUUGCGGAUCCCACCGCAUUUGUUGGCAAUGCAUGUCGCCGCACACAUACUGGGAGCUCCGAAAGGAGAAGUCGUACGCCGAAAACACAACGGCCUCGAUGAGAUGGUUGUGGUGAUGGCGAUCCGUUGAGCACUUCUCCUCGUCGUCGCUUCUUGGAUUGUAGGCAGAAUUCAUGGCGCUUCUUUGCCGUUUUCUCUUGUUUGGAUAGCUGGCGACGAAGCUGCUUGUGAUGUUGUUCGUGUUGUCUCUAAUAGAUGUUAUCUUUCUGU